AUUUUUGUAUUUUUUUUUGCCCGUUUUCUCGUUGUUAUUUGCCUGUGCAACACAGCGACCCCCUUUCAACCCUUACCUCCCCCCCCUGCUUCGUGUUCUUUGGAUUCAUUCUUGGUGGUCGUUGUCUGAUCUGCCCUCGCGUCUCUUUCUGCCGUUCGUCCAACAAAACCAUCCCUCUUCUCCCCCGCUGUCAAUGUCUGGAGGCGGCGCGCAGACACGGACGGAGCCUGCAACGCCUCCUUCGCCGUCCUCGUUGCGGUCGAUGGCUGCUGGCUUGGAGGUGCACCAUCGCAAGGGUCAUGUUCCAGAGCCCCUCAAGCUGGACUCUGCGGCAACAGCAGCACGGCCAGCAUCGCACCAGCAGCAUCAGCAACAACACAUCCUCACAACGUCCUCGUCCACCUCGUCCACUUUGUCCACCUCGUCGUCGUCGUCCUCGUCGUCCUCCUCGUCUUUGGUCGCAGGACACGCCACCAUCACUGCUGCCGCCGCGGGUGUCGCUGCGCCGCUCGGAGGCAGCAACGCCGCUGGUGUUGGUAGUGCGAGUGCCAUUCCCAGUCGCAACGCUGCGCUCAACUUGGCGUCGCCGCUGCCUUCGCCCACAACGCGCCGACGCCUGGCGAGCCAGCUCGGCCCUGCUGCCAGUGUGCCGAGCGCACCCAAUUCUGCCGGCAGCCCCAGCACGGGCACCAGCUCGUCUGCCGAGCCGCAAGUGUUUGGCAGCCCCCUCACAUCGUCGCUCUUGGCCUCGUCGUCGUCGUCGCUGUCGUCCUCUGCAUCGUACCCGCCACCACUGUCGCCGCGCAGCCUCAUGGCUUCCAUGCCACCCGCGCUGUUCAGCACCCCGUCGUCGUUGUCGUCGUCGGGCAGCGCCGGUCGCAGCCUCCUCUCUGGUGGCGCCGUGACUACCGCGUCGGCCACCGCUUCCUCUGCCGCCGGCAACAGCGCCCACACUACUCCAGCCACUUCCACUGCCAGUCGCUCCCGCGCCAGCAGUUUUGGCUCGACCUCAGCAGCCGCCGCCGCAGCCGCAGCAUCUGAGUCUGGCGAAGAUGUCUCGUCGCCAGUCCGGCUCUUGUCGUUGCAGCUGAAGGAAUCGCCGCUCUUCCACAGCUCGUCCAAUGCCUUUUUGGAGCGGCUAGUCGAGACCAUGAAGCCGCGCCUGUACAAAGCGAGCGACGUGAUUAUCAGCUUUGGCGACAGCGGGCGCGCCAUGUUUUUCAUCUACAAGGGCGUUGUGGAGAUCAUUUCUGCCGACAGAGAGACAGUGGCCGCGACCCUUGGCGAGGGCAAGUUUUUUGGUGAAAUUGGCCUGCUGUUUGGCGUCCCGCGCACAGCUACCGUGCGCGCCUUGACGCCUUGCAUUCUGUUUGCAAUCACACACGACAAGGUCUCGGAGGUGUUUCAAGAAUUUCCCGAGAUGCGCGCCCAGAUUGAAAUGGAGGCGCAGAGUCGCUUCUCGAUGGUGAGAGGUCGCGUCCAAGCGUCGCCGGUCUUGGCGCCCACAGCCGACAGCGCGGCCGCUGACAGCGCACCGCCCGCUAUCGCCAGUACCGUGGCACCGGCAUUCAGCACUACGACCGCUGCUGCGCUCAUGCGAGCGGAAGGUGGUCACUCCAAACAAGCGUCGUUUGACGAUCUCGAAGAGCUAUUACGGGCCAAUGAAGCUCUUGUUCGGCAAAUCCCAAUGUUCGCACACUGCGACGCUGGUUUUGUUCGAAUGGCAGCCGCGCGCGUCCGCCCUCGUACCUUCCCAGCAACCUCGAUUAUCUUCCACUACAACGAACCUGGCGAUGAGAUUUUCUUCCUUCUGAGCGGCUCGGUGUCCGUUUUUGGCCGCGACGACGAAGUGGAGUUUGAGAUUUUGAUGCCUGGCAGCUUCUUUGGCGAAAUUGCCGUCUUGUACAACACCACUCGCUUUACGACAGCCGUUGCGCGAGAGGACAUUGAAACGUUUUCCUUGAGCAAAGCGGACAUGAACGAUCUUGCUCCCCUGUAUCCCGAGAUGAAGGAGCGGAUUGAAAAGAUCUCCAACCGAAGGUAUCGCGACUGGCUGCGAGCAAAACAGCUCGAGACGGCUGCGUCUCCCUCUCGAUCGCCCGAUCGAAAGUCUCCGGUUCAAACUCCUGCCCCAUCUCCAGUACCAUCGCGCAAAUUUGGUGCAAACUCGGACGCCACCACCGCCGUGGGUAACGGGUCGCCGCGGCAACCAACAACCGCGCAAACCUCAGCAACUGGAGUGGGCACGGUGCUCUUUUCCACUCCAUUGCUCGGUGCGUCCGCUCCCAUGACAGGCAGUCCGGGCAGCAUGAGCGCCCCUGUGUCGCAGCGUGGCUCGCCCGGCUCGCGAUCGCCAUUGCUCUCUGGCGGUACGCCACCCAACAAUAGCAGUACCGCCAAUCUGGCCAACAGCGGGCUAGCUCCGCAACUCCAGCAGCAGCAGCAACAGCAGCAGCCAUCUCACCAGCUGUCGCAUCUCGUCCACCACAAUGGCCUCCUGAACCAGCUGCCCAAGUUGCAAGUUGGCUCGUUUGGCUCGUCCAAUGCUCGUGCGAUUUCAGCUCCAGUCACCUCUACCAACAGCACGAACGGAUCGCCCAACAACUCGCUGCAAAAUCAAAACACCACCCUUGCGUUCGCGGUCAGCGGGCGGCGCAGCUUCUCUGAGAAGGACCGGCCCAGCUACCUGCAGUCGCAGCAGCAGCUCGCUCAGCAGGCCCGUCCCAUUUUCUCGCCACCGGCUCAGCGUAGUACGUCGAUUACCAACAUUUCCGACAUUUUGCUGCUUCCUGCCAGUGAUCCGGCGGCCUCUCAACUCGGGGGUGGUAUCUCCUCACCUCCAACUGCUGGUUCAGUGCUCAACCUCGCCAACGCCAACGGCCCUUCGCCUGGCUCGGGGCUGGCAUCCAAACUUUCAUCAUCGCUGGGCUUCAGCCAAGGGCUGGGUCUGGGCAGCAUGGCCGCCUCUGUAUCGAUGCCCUCGCUUCGAGACAUUACGGCGACGGAAGCUCGCGAAAUGUCCCCUGGAGGUGUUGUGUUCCCGCCCACCAUUCUGACCAUGGCCAAUCGUCGGAGCUUCUCUGCAAUGGCACAGCACCAAUCCUUUGAUGCCACGGCCGACGGCCAGCCAAUGACCCACGCACAGCUGGAGCAGCUUUUGCUUCAGCAGGACGAGAACAACCAAGCAGAGCUGUCUCGACAGGCCACGUCGCAUCUUGCCGCAGCGUCACUGUCCGCCAUGCCCCGCUUUGGCAACAAUCCUGACUUGCGCCCCCAUCAAGUCAUCGAGUCACCAGUACCUCAUCACUCGUCGACCUCGGCGUUCCCAUUCGCAUCGGCGAGCAAUAGUGCUCUAAACACAUCUGCUGCUGCCGCCGCCGCUGCCGCCGCCAUCGCCGCUGCUGCCGGUACGACUGCUGCUGGAGCUCCUGCCACCGUAGGACCCGCCGAGCCGGUCGAUUUGUCGCAGUACCGCCCAGUUGCUGGCCCCUUUGCACCACCUCGCAAGGCCUUCUCCAUGGAGGACAUGAGUCGCCGUCUCACUGCCAUGGCAGCCGGUGGCUCGCCGUUGGCGACCUCGAUGUCGGGAACACCGGGAAGCGCGACCCGCAGCCCGACCGCCAGCUCAACGGGUUUGGACACGCUGCAGCUGGAGGCCAUGGCUUCGCCUACCUCCAACUACCACCGUCGCACGCAUCGUCGCACGCCAUCUGCCGACCUUGCCUCUCUCAAGGAGUCGGCAGACGAGAAUUCCAACGAGCUGCGCAAACGUGCGUCCAUGAUGGGCCAGGCAUCCCAAUCGCCCAACCAGGAAGGGUCGCCGCGCAAUUUGUCCCCCAGUUCUUCGUCCCAUCCGUCUCGCCAAAACAGCCGCUCAACGUUGGCAAAGAGCUCCAGCGUUGACCUGCGCCAGACCGGGUCGCCGCAAUCUCCUCAGCUCCUAUCCCCGCAUCUAUCGCCUGCACUGGCCCCGCCGAGUGGAAAUGUUGUCGUUUCAGAGUUUCAUCUCGACAGCCAGCAGGGUGCCGCCGAUCUUGCUGUCCCUGUGCCCGCUCGCGGCCUUCCGCACCAGUCGUCCAGCCUGAAAGAGUCCUCUCCAAAGCUGGCCGUGUUGCCUGCGCCGACGAGUCCUGUGGUGACCCCUACAAUCACUGUGGAAAGCACGCCCGUCACUGACGAAGUGGUCGCACCAUCUUCAUCCGUUGAUGAGGUCGCGUAUGAUGCCAAUGCCGCCGCCGCGGCAGCUGCAGCAGCAGCGGCAGCAGCUGCAUCGGGCAUGAUGUCUGCUUCCCGACAUCGAGGUGGGUUUGCCCCUUCCUUGCCGCCGCAUCUGCUUGGCAAAAUGUCCGAGCCUGAAACUGUGGACGAGGAUGGCUCGGAUGGGGCGACUUCCACUGCUGAAGUUACGAGCCAGGAAAACAGCGAUGAAGAAGACGAAGACGACGAUGCCGACGACGACGACGAUGAUGAUGAUGACGGCCCUGCUGUCAAUCCGUUCGCCAAUUUCGGUGCCGGAGGCUGGGGCACCACCUCAACAGCCGCCGCCCCAGGCACAUCUGCUCCAACAACGAUGAGCAAUCCGGCUGUUGAUCGUCUGGUUGCCCAGUCGGUUGGUCGCCGCAGAGCAAGUGUCGCUGUUUGGCUCCCGACCGUCAUGACGGAUAUUCCGCAAGACGAAUCUCGAUCGCGCACCUUGCCUGACGAUGUGCGCAAGGCCUUCCUUGCCGAGCAAGAGCGCCGUGCCGCAGCAGACAGCGGACUGACCGUUUCCAACAUUGUCGAGCUGCCCGUCACCGUCACCAUGCGCAUUUUCUCGUGGCUGGACUUUCCGGAUCUUGUGCGCGUGAGCAGAGUGUGUCAAAUGUGGCAUCGCCUUGCCUUCGCGCCCGAAGUUGUGUCCACCAUCGACCUGUCGUCCGUGCACAAGAAGGUCACCGACACCGUGCUUGACAAUCUUACCGAGAAGCUCGGGGACUCUGUGCGGAAGCUAUCGCUCCACAACUGUUGGCUGAUUACGGAUAAUGGCCUCAGGAUUGUUGUAGAGCGAUGCCCAAAGCUCGAGUAUCUGUCCUUGUUCAGCUGCUGGGACAUUACGACCGAAAGCUUGAUUCUGCUUGGCUCGCACUGCCCGAACAUUCAGUACUUGGAUAUUAGCAACUGCCGCAAAAUCACGGACGAUUCGCUGAUUCAGCUGACCGCCAGCUGCUCCACCAUUCGUUGGCUCGAGCUCUCGUACUGCAAGAACAUUUCAGAUGCGGCAAUGGUGGAGGUGCUUGGCACGUGCUCCAACACCUUGCAGCACUUGAAUUUGCAACGCUGCACGCGUCUGACCAAGGAGGCCUUUGCGCCGCUGCGUGUGACGCCAGCCCUGCGCUUGACCAAGCUGAUUCUCUCCGACUUGUUUGCUCUCGACGACCAAACGGUGGCCGACAUUGCUGCUGGGUGCCCGCAGCUUCAACACCUCGACAUGUCGUUCUGCUUUGGCCUCACAGAAGCCGCGCUGUCCCAUCUCGCUCGUCACUGCAAGGCGCUGGUGCAUCUCGAUCUUGCCAGCUGCGCGGGCGCCGUCACCGACGCUUCCGUGGAUGCGCUGGUCGCCUCCCCCUCCGAGUUGCGCGUCACUCUGCAGUGGCUGAAUCUGCGCAACUGCUCGUCCAUCACCGACGACGCGCUUCGCUGCCUCAACGAGAACUGCGCCGUCUUGCAGCAUGUCAACCUGUCCAACUGCAAGCAUGUCACUGCCGGCUGUGCCGAGCGCAGCACCAACAUUGCCACGGUCGUACUAAAUGCCAGCGUUCGUCCUCCAGCAGUGGCGCUUGCUAGCAGCAACGCUGCAGGUGCUGCAGUCCCAAUGCUGCACGGAUGAUUUUUAGUUUGUUUUGUCGCUUGUUGGUGUGUCCUCAUGAAGGCUGAAAUGCCUUUUCUUCUCUUGUUCCUUGUUGUGUGUUUUGUCUUCUGCCUGCUCUUGUGUUACUCUGCUGUGGCUCUGUUGUUGGGCUUGUUUUGAUGCACUGGGUGCAUAUCGAUGAGUACGUUUUGUUGUUUUUCAUCCAUUGCUGUGUUGAUCCUUUUUUUUUUUUCUUGUGAACGAGAAUUACAGCCAAUUGUUC